GGGGCUGGGGCUGGGGGUUGCGGCUGCGGCUGCGGCUGGGGCUGGGACUGCGCGGUGCACGGCAGUGCCUGAUGGACGCCCCGCCUCUGUAGGGGUGCCCUUGAAAGAUUCCAGCUGGUGUGGGCUUUCUGCAGAGCUAGUCCAGGCUACCAUGGCUGUACCACUAACAGCAGCUAAAACUCUGGCCCUUCAGGAUACACAGGAACAAGAGAAGAUUGUUAUUUUGAAGCCAAAAGACGAGGAACAGUCUUGGGAAUAUGAGACCAGACUACCUGGGAACCACUCUAGCAGCCAAGAGAUCUUCCGUCAGCGCUUUAGGCAGCUCUGCUACCAGGAGACCCCUGGUCCAAGGGAGGCCCUGAGCCGACUACGGGUACUCUGUUGUGAAUGGCUAAGGCCAGAGAGACACACCAAGGAGCAGAUCCUGGAUUUACUGGUGCUGGAACAAUUCCUGACCAUCCUGCCUGAGGAACUCCGGUCCUGGGUGCGGGAACAUCACCCAAAGAGUGGAGAGGAGGCUGUGACUGUGCUGGAAGAUUUAGAGAAAGGACUUGAACCAGGACUGCAGCUCUGAAUGAGAAAGAGACUCUAGCUCCUCUUCCUUUCCCUGUGCUGACUCUGAGGAGGCUCUCUAAAGUCUCUUUGGAAGCUUUGGUCCCCCAUAAACCGAGUGGUGCCUGAUCACCUCCAGGUUCCAGGCCCUGCAGAUGGACCUGCACAGGAAGAGCCGUGGGAGAAGAAGGCAUCUCUGGGACAAGCCCAGGAGGAACUAAGCAUUCAGCUCCAACCUAAGGAGACCCAGCUCAAGUGUGAAUCUCAGGAGACCCAGCC